GUACUGACGCCUCGCGGUAUCUUCACGCUGCCGGUUUCCGGACACUCGCCCUCUCCAUGAUUUAAGAGAGGCCCCGUCAGCUCAUCUCUCCUGCCCCCGGACAGUGCUCCUUAGCUUUUUUUUUUCGUCAGUGCAGUGAUUAGUGGGUAGGUAACCUCUUCUGCCGGAGAGGGAAGGAGGAAGGCGAGGCGAAGAUGCUGGAGAAGAUGUGGGACGACGUGGUGGCCGGGCCGCACCCGGAGACGGGGCUCGAGAAGCUCCGCAAGGCCACCACCUCCCGCCCGCUCGUCAUCGACAAAGACGCGGGCGCCGCCGGCGGGAGUAGCUUCAAGCGUGCGCAGUCGAUGCCGACGACCCCGACGACGCCGGGGACGCCGUCGUCGACGACCCCUCGCGGCGGCAGCAGCAACAGCAACGUGUGGCGCAGCGUGUUCCACCCGGGGAGCAACCUGGCCACCAAGAGCAUCGGCGCCAACCUCUUCGACCGCCCGCAGCCCAACUCGCCCACCGUCUACGACUGGUAAGCGCCGGCUGUACAGCGACGAGACCAGGAGCAACCACCGCUAGAUCGGGGACGGACGGAUGGGAUCGGCGGAGGAGCGGUGGCCGGUCCCUGUCGACCCAUGUUUGCUGGUCCUCGUGGUUAUCUAAAAAAAAUGCGCAGGCACUGUACUAGCCGCGUCGCUGUCCGAGGCUAAAGGACUCUUAAUUUUGCCGUUUGUUUUCUUCCAAUGCUAUGGAGUGAGUAAUGCUUGUACUAGUGGUCUGUUGCACUGACUCAGCUUGGCCGCUACCAAGUGGUGGGUAGCGACCCGCGGGCCAGUGACUGGAACCCGCUUGGUGUGUACUCCUACUAGUCUUUCUCCAUCUGUAAAUAUUUGCUUCAGUGUAAUGGGACGUGUGAAUUGUACUGCUUCCUCCAUGUUUAAAUGAUUCUCUCGA